AUUUUUUUAGGGCGGCGAGCCAGUGGGCCCGGGCAUGGAUUGCCUGCAACUCCGCCAACCAGCCGGGCCGUUCCACUAUCUCAUCAGCGAGCAGGCCAAGUCGCUGGUCGCGCUGCAGGAGCUGCAGCAUGAGGUGGGCGCGCUGCUCGAGUUCCGCGACCUCGUCAUGGAGACCUUCCCCAAUCUGCGCACCAAGCUGGCCUCGUCCACGCCGUCCACGAUGACCCACCACCACCACCAUCAUCACCACUCGUCCAACAUCCCGGUAUCGAUACGAACGGGCGAUUGGACGCCCGGCGUGCGCGUCAGGAAGAAGCUAGGCGGCAAGGACGAGGGUAGAAAUAAGAAGAGCGGCGAUAUUGCCAUACAGGAUUCUGGAUUUAGCACGGAGACGUCCAGCAAAGAGACGCAUAGUGCUUCAUCUACGGCACCGCCUCCAUUAAGUGCACCAGGUGCACCUGAAAUCGACGAGGCCGAAGACGAGCUAUGGAACCUUUUGGACGUGAUCCAUCGAAAGGGCACCAGGUUAAAGGAUGAGGUGGAAGCAUUGCAAGGCAGCUUGAGGGACCGUUCUCAGCUGGAAGACGACGAGGACGAAAUUGAAGGCGGCAAGUUCCAACGCGCCCUUUUCCACGCGUCCGCUGACGAUGUUCGACAGCUUCGCAAGGAACGCGACCACCUCCUCGACCGGCUCGCCGAGAUGGAGGCCGAGGUGCUCGCGGGCCGCGUCCACACCUCCCGCCUCCAGGAAGACCUGGAGAACUUGCUUUCUGCUAAACAGGACCUGGAGGAGCAGCUGAAGGCGGUGGUGACGCAGCGCGGCGAAGUUAACUCGCGCAUCCACGAUCUGCAUUUGCAGUUUGUCGCAAAAAGUGCGGAAAAAUCGUCCGGAACCGCGAACAGUGCAAGAAAGGACUCAACGGCAUCGUCGUCGUCCUCGUCUAGUCAAAGGACGCCCAAAAAAUCCAGUCCGCUCGAUACAGUGCUCGGUGAUAGGGUUCCGAAGGUGCCAAUUCCAGAUUCCAGAAAAUUCGCCGCCAUACUUAAGGAACGCGAUCCCCUGGUGUUGCAGAAACAUCUUCUUACUUCUACUGUCCAAAAUCAGGCUUUAAUCUAUCAGUUAGACUCGGCUUCCAGAUUAAAAGAAAAAUUAGAUAAAGCAAGAGAGGAGAACGAUGAACUACGGUUUCAGCUUGAAGACAAAAACAUAGAGCUAGAAGGUACGCGAGCGAGAGUCAGGGUGCUAGAGCACCUGCAGAAACCGCUAUUGAACGCUAGCACCUCCCCAGACAUUAUUCCCGCUCUAGAUUCGUCACCAGCCGAUAACCAUCAGAUUCUGUCCAGGUCAGAAAUAACGACGGCUAGCAUGAAAGCGAUGAGUCCGCUGCCCAUGAACUUGCAAGCUGACCAUUCUAGCAGCACCGAGUCCGCCCACGAUCAGUCGGAGAACGCCAGGAAGACAAAGAGGCCCAGCAAAAUACCAUUGAAGAGUUACACGGCACCCAAGCCGCCUGGAGGUAAACACAGUCCAGCACCAAGUGCACGUAGUCGUAGCGGCGAGUCGCCCGGUAGGCCGCACAGUGCACAGUCGUGGCGAAAUCAGCGCAGCACCGACGCCGCCAGUUUGAACAGCAAAUCGCGAAACAGCUCGCUUAAUAACAGGGAUAGGGACUCUUUAGUACAACGGGGCACGUUGAAAAAGUCCUCGUCGACGACGACGCCGCCCAGCAAGUGGACGAGCGGAGGAGCACCAGGUGCCGCCUCCGUCGCCGAAAAGAUCGACUUAGGCCAUCCAAUAAGAAAAUCUCAAUCUCCAUGGACUCUUUGUUCGUAUAGCAUUGACUUGGAGCACCCGACUUACAUGGACUCGCUUGAUCGGCAAGAUUCGGUUCCCUGUUCGGCAGCCACCGACACGUCGGCCAGCCAACGAUUCCAAACUGCAAACACGUUUUUGUGGAACGCUGGCGGCUCGAGCGAGCGCGAGUUUUAUGACAGCAUUGAUUCGAAUAUGGCGUCCAGUUUGUAUCAGCACGGAGAAGAGUUGGCCGAGUGCGACUCGUUGGAGAAGCAGGUGUCGUAUGGAUCGGAAAAAAUUUAA